UGAACAAUAUGGCAUCUGCAGGUGAUGAAGCAGAUGAUGAUGUCAGAAUCCAGAAGCGCAGAAACAGCCUAAACCUUGACCGGCCAGACUUCUCAGAGCUUCGGGUUGUUCUGCUGGGGAACAGCUGGUCAGAGAGGAGAUCUGUGGGGAACUUCAUACUGAAAGAGGAAAGGUUCAUCACUGAAAAAGCUCCUGGCCAGUGUGAGGAAUUUAUUACAGAGUUUGAGGAGAAGACAGUAACCAUCAUCAACACCCCAGACCUCCUGCAAGCCAACCUGUCUGCAGACAAACUCGAUGAGCAUGUGGAGACCUGUGUGAGACUCUCUUAUCCCGGACCUCAUGUGUUCCUGCUGGUUCUACAGCCUGAAAACUUCACUGAAGAACAAAAACUGAGACUCUGUGGGUUCCUGACACGUCUUAGUGAUCGAUGGUUUGAUCAUUCAAUGGUUCUGAUUUCCACACCCAGAGAGAGGAGUGAAGCUGAUGAUUCAUCUGACCUACUCUUAAAAGAGAUGAUUGUUAAAUGUCAGUACAGACACUUGAAGCUGAAGAACAUUGAUCAUCUUGAGCUGUUAAAAUGUUUAGGUCAAAUUAUAAAAGAGAACAAUGGAUAUUUGAGCUGUGAUGUAUUUAAGGAUGCAGAACAAAGACUAACUGAAGAAGAUGUCAAACUAGAGGAAGCCAGUUUGGUUUUCAGUCCCACACAAGACAACGCAGAUGGACUCAGGAUUGUGAUAUUUGGAAAAAGUGAGUACAAGAAGAACUCCCUCUGCAACUUCAUCAUGAAGAAAAAGCAAAUUCCAUUUAUUAAACUUAACCCCUCAAAGCACAGCGUGGUGGCUUGUGGAGAAUGGAGAGGAAAACCAGUGAAAGUUGUAAAAUCUCCUGACAUCUUCAGUCUCUCAGUGGAAACUUUAAUAGAAGAACUGCAGAGUUGUAUGACGCUUUGUCUUCCUGGACCAAAUGUUCUGCUGCUGUUAGUGAAGCCUUCAGAGUUCACUGAGAAGAACAGAAAAACACUGAAGUUUGUUUUGAGCUUGUUUCAUCAAGAUGCCUUCAAGUAUGCCAUGGUCGUCACAACACAUGAACAUGAAAUGAGUCCCUCUGUUAAUGAACUUCUGAAAGAAUGUGCUGGAAGAUACAGCAUGUUUAGAGAAGAUCAUAACAUAUUAAUGCAGGAGAUCGAGAACAUUUUGGAUAGAAAUGGAGGAACAUUCCUCACCUUCAGAGAUGAGAUCAGCAGACCCCAACGUAAACAGAUGAAACCUCCUCUAAACCUGGUUCUGUUUGGGAGGAGAGGAGCAGGGAAGACCUUAGCAGCCAAGGUCAUUCUAGGUCAGACAGAGCUUCAUUCAGCCUCCAACUCAUCAGAGUGUGUUAGAAACCAGGGACAGGUGUGGGGACGUUGGGUUUCUCUGGUGGAGCUGCCUGCCUUGUAUGGAGAAGCUCAGCAGAAGGUGAUGGAGGAAUCAUUCAGGUGUAUCUCCCUCUGUGAUCCUGAGGGUGUCCACGCCUUCAUCCUGGUCCUACCUGUGGGUCCCCUCACCGAUGAAGACAAGGGAGAGCUACAGACCUUCCAGGACACCUUCAGCUCUCGGGUCAAUGACUUCACCAUGGUUCUGUUCACUGUGGAGUCAGAUCCUAAACAUCCGGCUGUUGUUAACUUUGUAAGCCGAGACAGAGACAUCCAGAAGCUCUGUCAGAGCUUUGGAGGAAGAUAUGUUGUUCUUAACAUCAAGGACCAGCAGCAGAUCCCAGAGCUAAUGGAGGUGGAGAAUCUGAAAACAUUUAAGCCCAAAUGUUUCACAAAGGAUAUGUUUACCAGAGCUCAGAUGGAGAAGGUUGUAGGACAGGAAAAAGUUAAUGAUGAUCUUAAAGCUGAGCUGCAGAGAGUGAAGACCAAAAAUGAAAUGGGAACAGAUCCUAGAGAUUUGAGUAAGGAGUGCCUCAGGAUGGUGCUAAUUGGGAAAACUGGCAGUGGAAAGAGUGCAACAGGAAACACCAUUUUGGGUGAAGAACAUUUUAAAUCCAAACCCAGUGGAAAGUCAGUCACCAAGUUUUGUGAAAAAGCAAAAGGAGAAGUUGAUGGUCGGCCAGUUGUUGUCGUCGACACGCCUGGUCUGUUUGAUACGACUCUGUCCAACAGUGAAGUUGAACAGGAACUGGUUCAUUGCAUCAGCAUGUUGGCUCCUGGACCUCAUGUGAUCCUGCUGGUCCUGCAGAUCGGUCGGUUUACUAACGAGGAAAAAGAAACUGUGGAUCUGAUCAAGAAAUACUUCGGCAAGAAUUCACAACAUUUCAUCAUUGUCACAUUCACAAGGAAAGAUGAAUUAAAGGGAGGAACAUUUGAGCGUUAUAUCGAGGACGACUGUGAUGACGUUCUCAAAAAGCUGAUCCACGACUGUGGAGGAAGAUGCCACGUAUUUAACAAUAAUGACUCGAACGAUCGUUCUCAGGUUAGGGAGCUGCUGAUGAAGGUUGAGUCAGUGGUGACUAAAAAUGGUGGAGGCUGUUACACCAACGACAUGUUCCAGGAAGCUGAGAUGGCAAUAAAAAAGGAGGUCGAGCGAAUCCUGAAAGUGAAGGAAGAAGAGAUGCAGAAACAGAAAGAUGAGCUGGAACAAAAACAUCAGGAAAAAAUACAAGCAAUGGAAAAAAAGAUGGAUGAACAAAGAGCAGAAAUGGAUGCAGAGAGAAAACUGAGAGAAAAGCAGCUUAAAGAUAUGGAGAAAAAUAUAGAUAAAGAGCAAAAACAGAGAAGGAAAGAACAAGAAAUCAGAGAAGAGGAAGACAACCAGAGGAAAAGGCAAGAAGAACAUAAGCAACAGGAAUGGAAAGAAAAACUGGGAGAUCUUGAGAAGAAAAUAAAAUCAGAAGAAGAGAAAAAGGAAUGUACUGACCGAGAACUGGAGAAGAGCAAAGAAAACAUGCAAAAGGAGCGGGAAAACUGGGAGAAAGAAAGAAAUGAAUGGUGGAAAAAAAGAUAUGAAGAAAACGAACAGAGACGUCAGCAGGAGCAAGAAAAACUGACAAAACUUCAAGAGGAAUAUGAGCAAGAAAGAGAAAAGGAUCGAAUAAAGAGUAAGGCAGAAGAUCACCUCAGAAAAGAACAAGAAGAGAGGGAAAGAAAAGAAUUGGAGGUAAUUUAUGAGAAAAAACUGGAAGCCCUAAAAACUAAAUAUGAAGAAGAGGCCAGAAGAAAUGCUGAAGAAUUCAACGAGUUCAGACAGAAAUACACAAAGGAUUUUACAGUUCUGGUGGACAAACACAUGGAGGAAAUACUGGAACUGAAGCAAAAGCAUAAUAGACAAAUGGAAGAAACAGAGAAGAGUCACGGUAAAGACUACAGACAGUUAGGAGAGCUGGCUCAACAUAAAGAAAAACAUCUCAAAGAAGAAAUUGAGGAUUUAAGGAGAAAGCAUGAUCAAGAAAUACAAGAUUUGAAAAAGAAUUACCAGAGUACAUGUGUCAUCCUCUGAGACUAAUUACUGAACUCCAAAGAGAUUACCUGCAUCAAAACUAAAUCCCAUCAGAUUCUUUAACUAAUGGACAAGAGCCAGUGAGGCUCGAGUUGAGCUCCCAGUGCUCCCAGUGCCCAUGAAUUUAUUCCAGACACAGAUGCUUACAACAGAGUCUCUCCUUCACAGAAGAUUCUGAUGAUGUUUAAAUAUUUAGUCACCUAUCUAAAUGGACUAGGCAAAAAUUCUAGUCAUUCAUUAAGCAAAGGAAACUACAUUGAAACUCCAUACAACGUAUUACCCCCCUGAAACCCCACAACCACGAUGCCAGCACACCCCGUCCUAUAACACCACCUCCACAACCUUAGCACCACCAUCUCUUCAGACUUUGACAUCCCUGACUAAUUAUGCUCACCUGCAGGUAGUGAACACACAUCCAAUAUGACAGGAUAAACAUUGUACAACAAACCAUCAGAUAUAAAUAUUAAUAUAGAGUAAAGUUUUCUUUAGCAAUGGUAAUUACACAGAGGACACGAGACUUUCAUUGAAAAUGUUCUGGUAUUUAAAUAAAAUCAUGAUAUGAUGCACUCUAGUAAUGUUCCCGAGGCCUUUGGAAGAAAAACAGUCCUGAGCUGCUAUUAUCCUAUAAAUGACCAUAUCAGGGGGUGCCCAAGUCCUGUCCUGUCCUGCAACGUUUAGAUACAUACCUUCUCUAACCCACCUGAAUCACAUGAUUGGUUCGUUACCAGGACUCUGCACAGGUGAAUGAAGCAGAUAAGGGAAAUGAGCCGACUGAUUCAGGUUUGUUGAAAAAAAGAUCUAAAGUUGCAGAAUAGAAGCUCUCCAGGACUGGACCUGGGAAGACCUGCACCAAAUGGUCCUGGGUCAAAACAUAUUUCUGAGCUUGUUGGAAAAAUGUGUAUAAGUUAUCAUUGUUCAGUUUAAAUCAUGUUUAUGAUUGAAGUUGUACUCUAGCUAAGAUGAUUCUUAUAAUUGUUUUUUAGUGUGAAAAAGUGUUUGUGGAAGGUUAAGGAAUGUGGUCUGGAGUGGAUCUUUCUCUGGACAUGACAAGCUUAUACCAUAUAUAUGAAUGACCACUCUUUAAGUU